ACCAGUCAUCAAAAACAAGCGCCAUCAUGCCGUUGUUUGGCACGAGUGUUUCGGUUUCCGCGUUGUUCUCGGUGCUAUUACUGAUCGGCGGUCCACCCGCCACUGGUGUCGAGGGACAUCGGUUCGGGUACUCGAAACCCGACCAAAGACGUUGGUCCAAGGCACACCAAAGCUGUGCCGGUACGCAUCAGUCACCGAUAGCGAUCAGCAGCCACCGGGCGGUUCCGCUGUACAUGCCAGCAAUCGAGCUGGUCGGGUACAACAAUCUUCUCCCGGGACCGAUGACUAUACACAACAAUGGUCAUUCCGUGUCCCUCGCGAUUCCGAAAACGGACCCAGCCGUCGGUAAGCAUCCGUACAUCUUUGGCGGCAAGCUGCAGAACGAGUACGAGCUGGAAGGCUUACACUUUCACUGGGGCGACAAAAACAACCGUGGCGCAGAGCACGUACUCAACGAUAUCAGGUAUCCGCUCGAGAUGCACAUCAUUCAUCGCAACAAAAAGUACAAAACCGUCGCCGAGGCGCUCGGCUAUUCGGACGGUCUUACGGUGUUGGGCUUUUUCUACCAGGUCACCGAACAUGAUGCGCCCGGCAUCAACACACUGGUACGAUCGUUUGGCCACAUCGUCGACUACGAUCAUACGCUCCAGCUGAACCACACGUUCACGCUACAGUCGCUCAUCGACGGGAUUGAUAUGACCCGCUUCUACACGUACAAGGGUUCGCUUACGACACCGCCCUGCUCGGAAGCCGUCACGUGGGUUGUCUUUCCCGAUCUUCUCGAGCUUUCGGUUAACCAGAUGAAACGGUUUCGAACGUUGGACACCGGUAUCCACGGAUCACCAAUGGUCGAUAACUAUCGAGCAUUACAACCAAUCGGCAAUCGGCGAGUAUUCGUGCGGAAGGUAAACUCCCGCUACACUGGACUGGAAGUCUUCGAAGGAAUGCACCACAGCAAAUGGGACUGGGUGUACUAG